CUGGAUUCCAUCCAAGCUGCACUCCGCUUCUCCAGCCUCGCUUCGCUUGUGCGUCAUUUUUGUUUUCCGUCCAGUCCGGAGGUGCCGUAUUCACGCCCAUAUGAGCUUAUUUGAAGCAUAGAGCUAAGUCGAUUUCCAUGUCGGAACGCCCCUCUCCUCCGUCCAGCUCGCACUUGGAGCCCCCGAGAAAGAGCGUGGAGCUUGAGGACACAGGGGCCCCUGAUCAUACCUCCGAUAGCGACGAAGAGCAUUUCUCAGAUGCCAGCGAAGGCAACUCACGUUCUCGGUCCCGCCCAGAGUCUCGUGCGUCUCCUGUGCCCCGGACGCGAGUAGAAAAAGUGGACGAUGUCCCUUCACACGGCGAUAUCCCAGGGACCAGUGCCUACGCGAAAAGAGAAUUGGAUGCUGUUCCUGAUGAAGUUGAAGUGAUCUCCCGGAGCAGGAGUCCUUCCACUGCGGGGCAGCGUCGCCGCUCCGUCACCCCAGGGGGUACACGUAUUCCUCAGACCAUGGUGGAAAAGGUUGACCCCGACCAACCAAGCUAUGGUGAUGUUCCUGGUACAGAAGCAUACGAGAAGCGGAAAGCGGACGCUGUGCCCGAUGUUGUAACGAAAACUUCCGAAUCCGCAAGCACCUCUGGAUCUCCUACGGAACCUAACGAAGUCAACACCACGACCAUGCCUGUGCCGGGAACGCUCCUCUCUGAAGUAGACACUUCGCAGGAUGAUGAAACACUACACUCCGGCCCGCAUGCUCAUCGUAGGCGGCCGAGUGAUACUUUGCCGGAUACAACAGAGACCGUAUCUGAUCCUCCCGGUAAGUUUAUCCAGUUCCUUAUCCCCCUUGAGGGCUCAAAAACUCAGGGACGAUUGACCAAUUCAGAUCCCGCCCCUGAAACAAAUAGCUCCCCAGAUCCGGCUCACUCUCCACAACAAUCAACAUUGACGAGGGAGGAACCUACUGAAGCUGGCGGCGGUGAUGACUUCGACGAUUUCGCGGACGGCCAGGAUGACGAUUUUGGGGACUUCGACGACGGUUUUCAAGAACCAGAUGCGCACCUCGCCGAACCUGAACCUGUCUCUAUACAGCCGUCUCAGCAACCGACCCCGCCAUAUGUUCUUCCUUUAAUAGACUUUGACGCCAUUCAAUCCUUUCCCGACCUGCUCACGGCUCUUGACGAACCUCUUGGCCGACUUUUCCCUGAAUCUAAAGCUGCCCUUUCCAACCAAUCCGAACUGGAACCCAUUUCGAACUCUUCCGCCAUCUUCAGCACUGAACGUUCCCUUUCCCUAUGGUCUCAGCUAGUCGCCCCACCCCCGCUCCAGCCCCAGAAUUGGGUCAAGUCCCGGAUCCGCCGUCUAUUCCUCGUCUCCCUUGGCGUCCCCGUAGACUUGGACGAGAUCCUUCCUGCAUCUAAACAGAAGAAGCUCAUCCUCCCAUCCAUCAACAUAGGCGGGCCCAACUCGAACGGUCAGGGUUCACUAUCUCGUUCCCAGAGCCUCGCCAGAAAAGGCUCCCAAAGCGGGCCAAACAGCCCCCGUACUUCAAGCACCGCAACUCGACAGCGGUCAUCCAGACGGCGUGAUCCGUCACCACCAGAGCUCGAUCUCACGUUAGUAAGACGACUCUGCACAACCACCGACGCCGCACUAGAUGGGUUCACCGACGCAGAACUCCAAUCCCAUGUCAAAGAGCUGGAACAGCUCACAUUGCGCGCCUCUACUGUCCUUGAAUUCUGGCUUAAACGCCGAGACGGCCUCGUAAGCGAAAAAGAGGCUUUCGAAGGCGUAAUAGAGAAUCUAGUCAGUCACGCCCGGCGCGUAAGAAAAUAACAGUCAAUGAAAAGUGCGAUGCAUAACGAGCGAAUAUCUGGAGCAUAAUACAAGUGUGAAAUUAUUCGCCGCCCUCCAUCACCUUAGCCCGCUAUAGAUGGCUCUUUUUUUCGUUUUCUUUUCUCUUGGUUUUGUACCUACCUAACUACUUAAUGCCACUCGGACUUCGCGUCACGACCUUUUUCUUCCCUUUCCUAGCAUUUGUUUGCCAAUCAAUAUCAUCUUUUUAAGGGGCGGUUCUUUUUGUGAGCAAGUGGGCUUAUAAGACAGCGGCGCAACAAGUUUGGACUUUGGCUGUUCGCGGUGGUCUCGAGUUGGCAUCGUCGUCUACCAAAUUUGAUGAUACUACAAGCUUCACUUUUUAUUCCUUGUUGUACAGUCUCGAAUAACCCAUAAGUAUGAUUAAUAUGCAACUCUUAUUCAAGGUCACAAAUGCAAGUAAAUACUA